AUGGACGAAAACGAUUUUUCAGAAGACACAACAUGCAAGCAACAGGAAGACCUGCCUUACGACGGGGAUUUCUCACAGAUGAAGAUAGGCAAUUGCUACGAUUUUACCUUGGACAAUGACAUCCUUGAUGUCCCAAAUCAGGUUGUGCUGACAGAACACCCUCAUGACAAGGCUACCCAUCAGGAGACUUGUCGAAAUACAGCAAUGGCCGUUACUAAGGAUAAGAUUACAGAAGAUGCUGUUGGCAAAACAUGUGAUCAAGGGAGGCCAAAUGCCAUGGCUUCUCGCGUUCCAGCCUACACGGGAGAUUCUCUGAAGCCAAACACUUUGGAUAUUUCACCCCAUCAUCUCUCCAAGGAGCCAGCCGUGAAGGGACAAGGCACUGAUGGCAAAACUCUCCCAGAGACAUCUCAUGCCGACAGUGUUGACGAAGCAGCUAUACUUAAAAAAAUCAUUUCACGUUACCUUAAGAACUGUUGGCCAAAGGAACAAACCCCAGAAUUCACUGACCGAGCCAGCCCCCAAACGGAUGAUGAAGAUAGCAAUAAAUCCAGCAGCUCUCUAAGCAUGGCAGAAGAAAAUGCUCCUGGUUUAAAGGAGCCAGAGCCCACUGGAGAGAGAAGACGUCAAGAAAAUUCAAACUUUCUAAACAGAAUCAAGGGUCCAAGUGAUAAACUAAAAAACUGCCUGGGGCAGACAUCCCCAAGACAGUUGAUGGAAAAAGCAAAUUCAAGAAAUGGGUUUAAAUAUGGCCAAGGUCAAGUUCAUUACCAGCUCCCAGAUUUUUCUAAGGUUGCUCCUAAAAUGAAAAGCCCUCAAAAUAACACAAUUAAUAAGCCACUUACAAUAGACAACUUUUCUCCUAAAUUGAGAAAUCAAUCAACAAUUGUGCAAGAUUAUUUAGAGAACAUGUCUAGGCUGAGUUGUGUUGAAAAACAACAUCCAGAGCUGAAAAGGAAAAUUAUUGAACCUUUGCAACAAGGGCAGAUGAAGCCCCUGAUGCGUCACCACCAAGAACUUCUCACAGAAAUAGAAUAUGAGAAAAGUUACUUGAAGUUGAUAGCAACAUUUCAGAAAGAUUCUGCCUCAAGUUCUCACAUAUUUCUAAAGCUACAUCAAGGCAAACAGAUGUGUCAGAAGUUAAAAGAGCAGACUGACCAGCUAAAGGCUAAGGUACAAGAAUUUUCCAAAAGAAUGAAACAGGACUCUCUCUGUCAUUUGGAAGACAGAAAAAUGGUCCUGGAGCAGCUGCGCGGCCACCUGGAAGUGUUGCAGCGGGAGUUUCUGGCCACCAAGGAGAAGGGGCAACGCCACAAGACUGCAUCCCCACCUGUUGACGACUUCGAUCCGGAAAGAGAAGUGGAAGGUGAAAUCUUCUAGUUGGAGAUGCUACUUGAAGACAUUAAAGAGAAACUGGGGAAACAAAACAUGGACCAUAAAGACCACAUGAGGACCAUUGUCAUCAACGAAAAGGCACAGCACAGAGAUUUCACUCCAGGUUGUGACACAAGGCCCAGCUUCCGUUGUGAUCCUGGCGCCGGACUGCAGAGUGACACGCUCCAAGAGCGGGGCGCUGACACGCACCACCGCCGACGAGGGUGCAGCAAGGAGCCGCUCAAAGAAUUUCAUUAUAGAUACAGCACUCCAAGGCAGAGUUCCCUAAAUCAUAAUGGAAGAGGUGCCUUUGUGCAAACCCGCUCUUUACAUGAAAAUAAACCGUCUUCGCUUUGGAAAAAGAAAAUGACCAAUUUUGAGAGGCAGCAACUUAUUUCUGAAGCUUAUGGUGGUCAGCCCCACCACACUCCUAAUGCUGUGAAGGCUGGGGUCCAUGAAAAAAGUCCUGAGACUUUCAUGAACUAUAGUCCAGAUCUUGACACACCCUCAUCCCAUUUGCACUUCUGCAAGACUUCUGGACUGUAUGACUGCAGUAGCCUGGGUGAAACAGACUCUAAGAUUUUAAACUCGGCUUUGGAUCACGCCCUAAAGACAGCAACCAUGUUGAAAAAGACUACUGAUCAAAUGAUUAAGGCGAUUGCAGAAGAUCUUGCAAAAGCACAGAGAUGGAGGCAUCAACUAUACUCCUAAUUCCAUCCAACGCACACAGGGCUAAAAAGAAAAGAAAGAA